UUCCUUUGGAUUGUAACAAGAAACUUUUGAAGGGUUUAUGACGAGGCGGACACGAGAAAGUACAGUGGUAAACUGUGUGAUGUGUAAAGUGUUUUGGGCAAUUUCCACCACCUUUUAAAGACGUAAGGGUCCCCUUCUGUCUGGUCAGACUAUAGAGAAAAGUCCUUGUUAUUCAGAUUAAUGUUCUUGCUUUUACUUCCUCUGUGUUUCCUUUUGAAUUGUGUUUUUCUCACACAACUCUUCCUUUCCUUUUUCCUCCCCCCACUAGUUCCGUACAAGAUCUCUGUGGUGUGAUUUAGGAGGCCUAUUGCCCCUAUGGCCUCACCAACUCCGAUGGCAAAUUUGUGGGAGGAGGUCACUUGUGCUAUCUGCCUGGAUCCCAUGGUGGAACCUGUGAGCAUCGAAUGUGGCCACAGCUUCUGCCAAGAAUGCAUCUCUCAGGCUGGGAACAGUGUGGGUGGUGCCUGCCCCAUAUGCCGGAACACAUUUCUGCUCAAAAACAUCCGGCCAAAUCGGCAGGUGGCCAACAUGGUGGAGAACCUUAGACAAAUGGCCCAGAAUGCCAACAGGGAUGCAAAUGGGAAUCCGUGUGAGGUGCAUGGAGAGACACUUCACCUGUUUUGUGAGGAAGAUGGGAAAGUCCUUUGCUGGGUGUGUGCCCAAUCUCGGAAACACCAUCACCACUCUGUUGUCCCUGUUGGGGACGCUGCCCAGGAAUACAAGGAGAGGCUCCAGGUGGCAUUAAGAACACUGAGAAGAAAGCAGCAGUUGGCCGAGAAGUUGGAAGUCGAUGUUACUGACAAGAGAGCAGCCUGGAAGAAAAAAGUUGAGGCACAAAAAUUGAGGAUUCACACAGAGUUUGUGCAGCAGAAAAACUUUCUGGCUGAAGAGGAACAGAGGCAAAUGCAGAAACUAGAGGAGAAUGAGAGAGCUCACCUGAGACUCCUUGGGGAGAAGGAGGCCCAGUUGGCCAAGCAAAGCCAGGCCCUGCAGGAGCUGAUCUCUGAGCUGGAGCAAAGGAGUCGGGCUUCCCCACUGGAGCUGCUGCAGGGGAUUGGAAGUAUCCUUGGAAGGAGUGAGACCUGGAACAUGAAGGAAGUGGACAUUGACUGCCCAGACCUGAGCAGUGAGUGCUGUGUGCCUGGGCUGAAGAAGAUGCUAAGGACAUGCGGAGUACAUGUCACUCUGGAUCCAAACACAGCCAACCCGUGGCUCAUCCUUUCUGAAGAUCUGAAACAAGUGAGACUUGGAGACACCUGCCAGGAGUUGCCUAAAAAUGAAGAGAGGUUUGACAGUUAUCCCAUGGUCCUGGGGACCCAGUCCUUCGACUCUGGAAAACUGUACUGGGAAGUAGAUGUGACUGGAAAGAAAGCCUGGGACCUGGGCGUUUGCAGAUACUCUGUGCAGAGAAAGGGCCCUUUCUUGCUCAGCCCUGAGAAUGGCUUCUGGACAGUUUGGAUGUGCAACAAAGGACAGUAUGCAGCUGGCACUUCCCCUAAGACUUCGCUCCACCUUCAAGUGCCUCCAUGCCAAGUUGGGAUUUUCCUGGACUGUGACACCUGUACUGUUUCCUUCUACAAUGUCACUGACCAUGGCUCCCUCAUCUACACCUUCUCUGAAUGUGCCUUUGGUGGGCCUCUGAGGCCCUUCUUCAAUGCUGGUUUCAAUGACAUAGGAGAAAAUGCAGGCCCUCUGACCCUGUGCCCACUAAAACUGCCAUAGUAGAGAUCGACUGAUGAUUGGUGGUGUCCCUCUGCACAUCACCAGCUUAUUGCUUUACUUGAUCUCUCUGACGCCACAAUGUCUUUUUGGAUUAGGAGAGGUGAUGGUUAGUCUACCAAUGUUUUAAAGAUAGGCUAAGGCAGAAAAAGAUAAAGAGCUUAAAUUUGAUUUAAAGCCUGUUUUGUGUCAUCAAUGUUCAAGAUCCUUUUCAUUCAUUUAGUUCUAUUACAUUCUUACAAUAAAAAUAUAACCAGGCAUAACCAAGAAAUUUAAAUACAUGGACAUCUGUUUCCCUAUCUAAUUCAAAGUUAAUUUUUUUCAACAUAGUAUGAGAUAUGAAUAUAUAAUUAAAUCAAUAGUAUAAGUGUUCUAAAUAAAUUGUUUUAGAUAAGUUUAUUGUACAUAGUUUUAUCAUUUUUAAAUUUGAUUAGUUAUCAUGUCCCUCUUGUUCUGGUACCCUAAGCGUGUACUUAGAUAGUUUUGGUUAAUCUGUAGGUUAAUACCAUUUAUUCCCAUUCUACAAAUGAAAUAAAAGUCACUGAGAAAACAA